AUGGAAAGUACUCAUUGUCUUCCUGGUCAUGGCUUCAUCAUUUUGCUUCUUGUAAUAUGUCUUUCUUCUAUAUCCUGUUUUGCUUCAAAGAUCAAUGGUUCUUAUGAUGCAAGAGACACUAAAAUCCACAGUGAUCGAAAACGUAGUCUCUCUGGUUCCAGUUCUGGACAAAGUCCUCGAUCAGACAAGGGACAACCAUUAUGCGCACUUCAUAACCCGACAAAGAGUGGUAAAUUAUUUUCCCCAUUUUGCCUUGAAGGAUACGUUAUCACUGAGAUCAAAUUCGCCGACUAUGGUCAGCCCACUGGCUCAUGCGAGACGUUUAAACACGGAAAGUGCGGUGCAAAAGAUACCUUGAGCCUCGUCGAGAAGGUUAAUCUUAAACAUCAAUAA